AUGCCUUUCUCUGGGCAAAUUCUCAACAUCUUCUCCAGCCCUAGUAAGCAGCCAAAAUUCCCCCAGAAACGUCAAGCACCCAAGACGCCCCAGACAACCCAAGCUUCUUCAUCCAUGCCGACUUUGUCUACCUGGACGCCCCAAUCACCGAAGAAGCCCCAGCCAACCCAGACCGAUCCAUUCUUGUCGACGCCUUCCACCAAUACCCUAGAUGCCACGCCAUCUGGACCAGCAAUUGAAAAUGCUGGUUUGCAGCGGCUAGUCUCCGCCAGUCUCGACCUUACUCGGGUUGAGACACCCCAAGUACCCAAGACGCCCCAGCCAAAGGCCUCUCUGUCCGUAUCGACACCUUCCAUCGCUAGCCUCGACCUCACGGGAUCCGAACCAGCAAUCAACGAGCUCGUUCUGCAGCAGCCAGCCUCCGCUAGCCUCGACACUCCUCUGACUGGAACAAAACGCAAGCUCACGGACUCUAUUUCCUCCCCCCGGUCCGAGAAGCAGAAGAUUCGCAAGUUCCUCUUCCAAGAAGCCAAGAUCCUCGACAUCCCCAACAAGGGCGCAUUCAGCAACGCUGAGGUCAACAUCAUGGUCGAGGCAAUCCGGCACAACGAGGGGGUAAUGGCCAAGUGGAAGGAGGACAUGAUCAAGCAUGUCGAUGCCCAUGAAAAAGCUCAAGCUCUUCGAACUAAGGUUGUGCAGUGCGUGGAGAAGAAAAAUAAAGUGCUGGAGCACUAUAUUGAUGUUGAGUUGAAGGCUCUGAGGGAGGGGAAUAAGGGGAUGAGGGAGGAGGUUGUUAGGAAGAACCGGAAGUUGGAUGAGGCGGAGCGGAGGAUUGAGGGGUUGUUGAAGGAGCUGAAGGGGAAGGAGGAGAAUGUGGAUGACGGGGAUAAGGGGGCUGACGGGGAGAUGGGAGACGAGGGAUACAAGGUGACCCAGGGGGACGAGGGGGAACAAGGGGAGAUGGGGGACGAGGAAGAGGAGUGGGAGUCCCGGGAGCUUGACGGGAAGCCAAUGGACGUCGAUAUGGGUCGCCGGGAAAGCCACUUCGGACGAAGGAUCUGAUU